GGUCUGUACUGUGACAUCCGCCAGCUGGUGCAGUUCAUCAAGGAGUCCCAUGGCAACGUGUUCCGCAGGGUGGCACUGAGCGCACUCCUGGACUCAGCCGAGAAAGUGGCCACCACCAAGAAGCCAGAGGAGAAGGAGGAGCCUGUCACCAAACCUACAGCAUCCAGGAGGUCAGAGGCAGGUGUGUCUGGGGAAAAGGGAGGGCAGCCGUCCACCGCUGCAGACGAGUGCCGCAGCUGCAUAUCCAGCCGCCCCCCCCAGACACCAGAGCAUGAUGAACAGAUUCCGGGGGCUCUGCUGGGCAAGAAGGACUUCUGGAGGAAGAUGUUCAAGUCACAGAGUGCUGCCAGCGACACCAGCAGCCUAUCAGAGCAGGACACGUCGGAGUGCACCACCGCCCACUCGGGCACCACCACCGACCGACGAACCCGCUCACGCUCCCGACGCAUCUCCCUGCGCAAGAAGCUCAAGCUGCCCAUCGGUAACUGGCUUAAGCGGUCAUCUCUCUCUGGGCUGACCGACGGGGUCGAGGACUUGUUGGACAUCAGCUCUGUGGACCGACUCUCCUUCAUCCGCCAGAGCUCCAAGGUGAAGUUCACCAGCAACGUGAAGCUGUCAGAGGGCGGCGGGGGAGCAGGGGGCGUGGAGUACGGCCGGGACGAGGAGGAGAAUUUCUUCAAGCGGCUCGGUAAAUGGCGGUCUGGCAGGCGGAACCCAUCCAAGCUUCACCACACAGAAGAGAAAGAUGGGCCCCAGGGGUUCCAGGAGCGCCUGGCAGCCAGCCAGGAGGCCAUGAAGAACAAGAACGUGGUGAACCUGGCCGCCAUCCGCCAGGGCAUGAAACGCUUCCAGUUCCUGUUGAACUGCUGUGAGCCAGGCACCAUCCCUGACGCAUCCAUCCUGGCCGCUGCGCUCGACCUGGAAGCUCCAGUGGUUGCCAGAGCCUCCCUGUUCCUGGAGUGCGCCCGCUUUGUCCAUCGUUGUAACCGUGGCAACUGGCCCGAGUGGAUGAAGGGUCACCACGUGAACAUCACCAAGCGGGGUCUGUCUCGGGGACGCUCGCCCGUGGUGGGAAACAAGAGGAACCAGAAGCUCCAGUGGAAUGCAGCCAAGCACUUCUGUCAAUGGGGAGAUGCCAUUGGUACGCGUCUCAGUGAGCUGUGCCACUCAGACAGCGAGAGUCCUGCCAACAUCCUGGGUUUUAUCUACGACGAGGAGACCAAGCGAAGAUUGAGAAAGGAGGACGAGGAGGAGGACUACUUAGACGACAAUACAGUCAACCCAACAAAAUGCGGCUGUCCUUUCGCUCUCAAGAUGGCCGCCUGCCAGUUACUGCUGGAGAUCACCACGUUCCUCAGAGAGACAUUCCCCUGCCUCCCCCGGCCACGCACAGAGCCCCAAGUGGAUUUGGAGAGCUGUCGUUUGAGGCUGGACCCUGAGCUGAGUCACCACCGUUAUGAGAGGAAGAUCAGCUUUGCCGGUAUCCUAGACGACGAGGACGGCCACGACUCUCUGAAUAGCAGCAGCCACACACUCAAGUCUGACACGGCCUGCGACGACAAGAAGGCCCAGGAGCCUCUGGCUCCCAUCAGGAAGAGUCGUGCCGGGGGCUCUCGCCUGCUGCAGAUCAAGGGGGCCAGGAGUUUCAGGGUGAAGAAGGGGGGCUCUCUGUCCUCCAUCCGCCGGGCCGGCAGCCUGAAGAGCACCAAGAUGUCCCGCCAAGACUCAGAGUCAGAGAACGAGGAGGGACUGCUGUCCCAGAGCAGGGACACUGUCACUGAUAUAGGAAGUCCAUGGAGCACCAGUGAACCCAGUAUUGAGCCAGAGGGUUCAGGAGGCACCGGCGGAGGAGAGGACAACUACCACCGUAACAUGUCCUGGCUGCAUAUCAUGAUUCUGCUGUGCAACCAGCAGAGUUUCAUCUGUACCCACGUGGAGUUCUGCCACCCACGCUGCUACCAGCACCACAGCCGCUCCUGUGCUCGCCUGGUGCGUGCCAUCAAGCUGCUCUACGGGGAGACAGUGGACAGCCUGAGAGAAGACAGUGCAGGGAACAUCAGUAGCCGGUCCAAGAAAAACAAGGAGUGGUCAGACAAGUCAUGUCUGAGGACCCCGUCUAUGAAGAGACGCCCCAAAGACUCCAACACCGAGGGCAAGAAGGACACGGGCAUGCUCAAGUACAUCCGCAACCAGGUGAUGAGCCUGUCGCCGGCUCCUCUGUCACUGCUGAUCAAGGCGGCGCCCAUCCUGACAGAGGACAUGUACGCGGACGUCCAGCCUGCAGCCUGGGAGCUCCUGCUGAGUGUGGACGAGCAUAUGGCUGCCGCUGCAGCUGCCAUGUUCUUGCUGUGUGCGGUGAAGGUGCCCGACGCGGUGACAGAGAUGAUGAUGGCUGAGUUCCAGCACGCUGAGGCGAGCCAGCGCAUCAACUCGGUGUUCAAGUUCUACACGCUGUGGCGCUUCCGCUACCAGGUGUGGCCGCGCAUGGAGGAGGGUGCCCAGCAGAUCUUCAAGAUCCCUCCGCCCAGCAUCAACUUCACCCUGCCCUCACCUAUCCUGGGCAUGCCCUGUGUGCCCAUGUUUGACCCGCCCUGGGUACCCUCCAACACUGGCAGCGUCCAAGACCCAAUCAACGAGGACAACUCUAAAUCUUUCUCUGCGCGGGCCGUGUCGCGCUCCCACCAGCGUGCCGAGCACAUCCUGAAGAACCUGCAGCAGGAGGAGGAGAAGCGGCGUCUUGGGCGCGAGGCCAGCAUCAUCACAGCCAUCCCCGUGGCCCAGGAGGCCUGCUACGAACCCACCUGCAGCCCCCCGCCCGAGCAGGAGGAGGAAGCAGAAGAAGAGGUCAACCUGGCGUCUCGCCGCAUGUCCGUCACUCCGUCCUGCACCUCCAGUAACUCUCACAGGAACUACUCUUUCCGCCGCGGCUCCGUGUGGUCAGUCCGCUCUGUGGUCAGCGCCGAGGAUGAGGAGAACACUACGGAGCACACACCCACUCAUCACAUGCUGCAGCCCCCCCAGGCCGUCUUCCCAGCAUGCAUCUGUGCUGCCGUCUUACCCAUAGUGCACCUGAUGGAGGACGGGGAGGUGCGAGAGGACGGUGUGGCAGUGAGUGCAGUGGCCCAGCAGAUCCUGUGGAACUGUCUGAUCGAAGACCCCGCCCUGGUGCUCAGGCACUUCCUGGAGAAGCUCACCGUUAGCAAUCGACAGCAGGCAGGGGAAAAGUUGUACACAGACGUUUCGGAUGAGCUGAUGUACAUGCUGAGGAAGCUGUUGAUGAACAUCGGUGACCUCCCGGCCCAGACCUCUCACAUCCUCUUCAACUACCUGGUGGGGCUGAUUAUGUACUUUGUGCGUACUCCGUGUGAGUGGGGUAUGGAUGCCAUCUCGGCCACGCUGACCUUCCUGUGGGAGGUGGUGGGCUACGUGGAGGGGCUCUUCUUCAAGGACCUCAAACAGACCAUGAAGAAGGAGCAGUGUGAGGUCAAGCUGCUGGUCACUGCAUCCAUGCCAGGAACCAAGACCCUGGUAGUGCACGGGCAGAAUGAGUGUGACAUUCCUACCCAGUUGCCUGUACAUGAAGACACUCAGUUUGAAGCCUUGCUCAAGGAGUGUUUGGAGUUCUUCAACAUUCCCGAGUCUCGCUCAGCACACUACUUCCUCAUGGACAAGCGCUGGAACCUCAUUCACUAUUCCAAGACCUUUGUGAGGGACAUCUAUCCGUUCAGGAGGUCUGUGUCUCCCCAGCUCAACCUGGUCCACAUGCUGCCAGAGAAAGGACAGGAACUCAUUCAGAAACAGGUGUUUUCCCGUAAACUGGAGGAAGUGGGCCGUGUUCUAUUCCUCCUCUCCUUGACCCAGAACAUGCCGGCCAUCCACAAACAGUCCCAUGUGUCCAUGCUCCAAGAGGACCUGCUCCGUCUGCCCUCCUUCCCCCGCACGGCCAUCGACGGAGAGUUCUCUCUCUUCAGCGAGCCACAGGGCAAGGAGCUCUUCGGCCUGGACACUCUCCACAAAGUCCUGUGGAUCAAACUACUAGAAGAGAUGUUUCUGGGCAUGCCCAGUGAGUACCCGUGGGGGGACGAGAUCAUGCUCUUCCUGAACGUGUUCAACGGUGCCCUGCUGCUGCACCCCGAGGACAGCGCCCUCCUCAGGCAGUACACGGCUACUGCCAUCAACACGGCCGUCCACUUCAACCACCUGUUCUCCCUGAGUGGAUACCAGUGGCUCCUUCCCACCAUGUUGCAGUCCUAUGCUGACUAUGAGAGUAACCCACUGCUGAGACAGGGGAUAGAGUUCUGCGUCAGACAGUUCUACAUCCUGCACCGUAAACCCUUCAUCCUCCAGCUGUUUGCCAGCGUGGCUCCACUGCUGGAGUUCACAACGUGCACCAGUACAGGCCUGUCUAAGGGGGUGUCUGCUCAGUGCCUGUUUGACCUGCUGGUCUCUCUGGAGGGAGAGACGCGUGAUACCCUGGAUGCCCUGGAGCUGGUCAAGGCUGAAAAACCCCUCCGAUCCCUGGACUUCUGCUAUGGUAGUGAGGACCUGGCCUUCUCCAUCAGUGAGUCCAUCAAGCUGUGUGUGACGGUGGUGGCCUACGCCCCAGAGUCUUUCAGGAGCCUACAGAUGCUGAUGGUGCUGGAGGCCCUGGUGCCGUGUUUUCUCCAGAAGCUGAAGAGCAACACCGUGACCAUGGAGUCAGCCUCUGCAGCGCGGGACGAGAUCGCUGCCAUCGCCGCCCUGGCCACCUCCCUGCAGGCCCUGCUCUACAGCUCAGAGACCCUCACACGGCCAAUGACUGCCCCCCAGUUGAGUCGCUGUGACCAGGGACACAAAGGUGCCACGACUGCCAACCACGCCAUGUCUGGAGGGCCAAACACCAGUCGCCUUGUGUCCGGCAUCAGGGACAACCUUCACCUGUUGGAGGAGGGCCAGGGGAUGCCUCGCGAGGAGCUGGACGAGCGUAUUGCCCGUGAGGAGUUUCGCCGGCCCCGGGAGUCCCUCCUGAACAUCUGCACUGAGUUCUACAAGCACUGCGGCCCGCGCCUCAAGAUCCUGCAGAACGUGGCCGGGGAACCCCGUGUCACCGCCUUAGAGCUGCUGGACAUCAAGUCCCACAUGAGAUUGGCAGAGAUCGCCCACUCCCUCCUCAAGCUGGCCCCCUACGACAGCCUGACCAUGGAGAGCCGAGGCCUGCGGCGCUACAUCACUGGGAUGCUGCCCAUCACCGACUGGUCGUCCGAGGCCGUGCGGCCCGCCCUCAUCCUCAUCCUGAAGCGGCUUGACCGCAUGUUCAACAAGAUCCACAAGAUGCCUACGCUCAGGUGCGCUCGCCCACAGGCUCUGUGCUCCAGGAGACAGGUGGAGUGGGAGGCGGCCAGUAGUCUGAUUGAAGGUAUCUGUCUGACUCUCCAGCGUCAGCCAAUCAUCUCCUUCCUCCCUCACCUCCGCUCCCUCAUCAACGUCUGUGUCAACCUGGUGAUGGGGGUAGUAGGCCCCUCCAGUGUGGCUGAUGGGCUGCCCCUGCUCCACCUGAGCCCGUAUCUGUCCCCCCCUCUACCCUUCAGCACAGCAGUGGUCCGCCUGGUGGCUCUGCAGAUACAGGCUUUGAAGGAUGACUUCCCCCUGAGCCAUGUGAUCUCCCCCUUCACCAAUCAGGAGAGGCGAGAGGGCAUGCUGCUCAACCUGCUGAUUCCAUUCGUGCUGACAGUGGGUUCAGGGAGCAAAGACUCCCCACACCUGGAGCAGCCUGAGGUCUCUCUGCUCCUGCAGACGGUCAUCAACAUCCUCCUCCCCCCGCGCAUCAUCAGCACGUCCCGGACCAAGAACUUCAUGCUGGACACCUCCCCCGCCCACUGCUCCACCCCGGGGGACCAGGGCAAGGACCUGAGGAGAGAGGGCCUGGCCGAGUCCACCAGUCAGGCUGCAUACCUGGCUCUAAAGGUGGUGUUGGUGUGUUUUGAGCGGCAGCUGGGGAACCAGUGGUAUCGCCUCAGCCUGCAGGUCAAGGAGAUGUCUCUGAGGAAGGUGGGAGGCCUGGCCUUCUGGGACUUCAUAGAUUUCAUAGUGCGUACUCGGAUUCCCAUCUUCGUCCUGCUGCGCCCCUUUAUCCAGUGCAAGCUCCUGACCCAGCCAGCUGACUCCCAGGAGGAGAUCACGGCCCGCCACCACAUCGCUGACCAGCUGGAGCGCCGUUUCAUCCCCCGCCCUCUUUGCAAGAGCUCCCUGUUCGCAGAGUUCAACAACGAGCUGAAGAUCCUCAAGGAGGCCGUGCACAGUGGCUCUGCGUACCAGGGCAAGACGUCCAUCAGUACAGUGGGCACGUCCACCUCUGCCUACCGCCUGUCGCUGGCCACCAUGUCCCGGUCCAACACGGGCACGGGCACGGUGUGGGAGCAGGAGAGCCAGCCGUCACGCCAGCCCUCUCAGGACACGCUGAGCCGCACCGACGAGGAUGACGAACAGGAGCAGGAAGAGA